CAGUGCUAGUGAAAGAAUGUUAUUCUGUCUUCACAAACCGGCGGACGUUUGGUCCAGUGGGAGUUAUGAAAAAUGCCAUCUCGCUGGCUGAGGAUCAACAAUGGAAGAAAAUACGAACAUUGCUGUGUCCAACCUUCACCAGUGGAAAGCUCAAGGAGAUGUUCCCCAUCGUUAGCACGUAUGGAGACGUGUUGGUGAGGAACCUGAAGAAGGAAGCAGAGAAAGGCAAGCCCAUCACCGUGAAAGACUUCUUUGGGGCCUACAGCAUGGAUGUGAUUACUAGCACAGCAUUUGGAGUGAAGAUUGAUUCCCUCAGCAACCCACACGAUCCCUUUGUGGAACAUACUAAGAAGCUCUUAAGAUUUGAUUUCCUUGAUCCACUCCUUAUCUUUUCAGCACUUUUUCCGUUCCUUCGUCCAGUCUUUGAAAUAUUAAAUCUCUCUGUGUUUCCAAAAAAUGCUGUGAAUUUUAUCACAAAAUCUAUAAAAAGGAUCAAGGAAAGUCGCCUCAAAGAUAAAGAAACGAACCGAGUGGAUCUUCUUCAGCUGAUGAUUAACUCUCAGAAUUCCAAAGAUGUGGACACCCGUAAAGCUCUGUCUGACCCAGAAAUGGUGGCCCAAGGUAUUAUCUUUAUUUUUGGUGGCUAUGAGCCCACUACUGAGGCUCUUUCCUUCCUUUUCUAUAAACUGGCCACUCACCCUGACAUCCAGCAGAAGCUGCAGGAGGAGAUUGAUGCAACUCUCCCCAGUAAGGCGCCUCCCACCUAUGAGUCCCUGGAACAGAUGGAAUAUCUUGACAUGGUGCUGAAUGAAUCUCUCAGAUUAUUCCCACUUACUGCUAGACUUGAGAGAGUCUGUAAGAAAGAUGUGGAAAUCCAUGGGGUGUUGAUUCCCAAAGGGACAGUGGUGAUGGUGCCACUCUUCACUAUUCACAGAGAUCCGGAACACUGGCCAGAGCCUGAGGAGUUCCAUCCUGAAAGGUUCAGUAAGAAGAACAAGGAGAGCAUAAAUCCUUACACACACAUGCCUUUUGGAACUGGACCCCGAAACUGCAUUGGUAUGAGACUUGGUAUCAUGAACGUGAAACUUGCUGUUGUCAAAGUCCUGCAGAAGUUCUCCUUCAAACCUUGCAAAGAAACACAGAUCCCCCUGACAUUAAGCCCUCAGGUACUUAUUCAACUAGAAAAACCCAUUGUUCUAAUGGUUGAGCCCAGAGAUGAGACCUUAACUGGAGCCUGACUUUCCCUAAGGACUUGCGCUUUGUUCUUCAAGGAAGCUUUGUCCCAGGACAACAGAGACUUUGAUUUACUUUGUGAUAAAACACAGAAAUGAAGAUGGGAUUCACCUACUGCACUUGAUGGAUGACUAGAGAUUCUGCACAUUCAUUUAGCUUUCUCACUGUCUACGUAGAGUGUUACAUAUUGCGUCAUAUAAAAGAGGUGAUUAAUAAGUGCCAGAUAUGCAAACUCAGCUUAUCUGGUUCUCACAGAACUAUCUCUACCCCACCACACCCCACUUAGUACCAUCUACUCCUCCUGAGCACUGAUCAGAAUGAAAAUUUCUCACAAACUCUAAUGAAAAUAAGAAUGAUUGUGAUGACUAAAGUAGUGACAUUUAUAUCACAGAUUUUAUUUUGAAUAUUCUAAAUUAAA